GGAGAACAGACAAGACUUAACUAAUGUUUGCGUUUUUAAAUAAUUUACAGACAUCUAUAUUCAUAAGAAUUAAUUUCGAAAUUUUAGCUUCACUUCAGUUAACUCGGUAUUCAAACCUUAAUCAUUGGAAUACGUAACAUUAGACGAUUUUUAACUUUCAGCAACUGGAUUUUACUUAGUGAUAUCACUUUUUAUGGACAGCCUGCUGUAAACGCAAUGCUCGUUUGGUGGCUGUACUCAUAUGAGACGGAGCACUGGGACUAACCGUAUCGAAACCAUUGUCCACCUCCAGGAGGUGGUAAGAUCUACAGGGCUAGUGGACCAAGUGCUGGACACCGACCAGGGGCUGGACACGGACCAUGGGCUGGACACACCAUACCGUUGCAGGGCUCAUCUUCCUGGCGACGCUGUCUGGUGCAUAUGGGGGCUGGAGUAACUGGGGUCAGUUCUCUGACUGCUCAAGGUCAUGUGGGGGCGGAGUCAAGGUCAGAGAAAGGCAAUGUGUCGUUGACAGUCUGGACAGAAAUGUAUGUAAAGGGAGAAGCAAGUCUUUCAAGAUGUGCAAUACCCAGGUAUGUUCGGGCGCUAGGCGUGAUUUUCGGGCUAGCCAAUGUGAAGAGUACAACAUCAUUCCCCUGGAUGACGUCAAAUACUCUUGGCUACCCUACUAUGGACAUGGUGAAACGUGCGCAUUGCUGUGCUUGGCAAAGGGUCAAAUGUUUUACCAUAAGUUGGCGGACAGAGUCGUGGACGGGACACCUUGCCAUGAUGACCCAUCCCGACGCUGUGUCCAUGGACAGUGCAAGAGCAUAGGUUGUGACUGGAAGGUCGGCUCGUACAAGCAGACUGACCAGUGUGGUGUAUGUGGUGGGGACGGCUCCUCCUGUCUGGGUGGUGGUGAGGUCACGGGAACAUUCCAUCAGCAAAGGCUCUCCCCAGGUCACACUACUAUUGUGCAAGUCCCAAAAGGUUCAACAAAUGUUUACCUCCGAGAACAAGGUGGAAAUAACAACAGUAUAGUAUUCUGGGACAGUGAUGGAUACAACUUUGCCAUAGACAAGGAGACACGCAAAUUAUUGCAGAGGAUAAACUUUGCUGGUACGCAGUUCAAGUACACACCAGAGGACUCUUAUAACACUCACGGCAUCAUUCAGGCACCUGGACCUACCAGCAGGGACUUCACUGUCUAUGCUGUAAAUGAAGAGGCAGACAAUCCAGACAUACUGUACGGUUACACACCACCUAGUUCUGACAAUUCUGGCAAGGAUGUGACACCUAUAGGAAAACAAAAAGAGACGCAUACGAAAAAUAAACAUAUGAAAUCUAUUCAUGAUAAUCAGGAUAUUAAAUCAUUUAUAAGUAAGCCAAGCAAUAUAAAAAUUAGUUCAAGCAGUGUGCCAGGCAGAAACUAUGGUAUUACAAAUGUCAAAAUUGUAGACAGAAAAAUGCCAAAGAAGGACUAUGCCAAUACACAUGAAAAUGCUCUCACUGAUCGUGAGAAGUUUGUGUAUGAGAAUGGGGUCCAGAUUUUAGGAGGAGACAAAACAAUCAGAAAAAAUGGCCAUGGUCUAGACACGGGAGCCCAGGAGAUGCGACAUGGGACAGGUGACCCCGACCUUACCAGGCUGGAGCUGGAGAGUCGGGCCUCAAGAUCAAGUUACCAUGACAACUCGCGUUACAUGUGGUCACAUGGUGAAUGGACACCAUGCUCUGCUCAGUGUGGCUCAGGAAUUCAGAGGCGAGUGGUUUCCUGCGUGGACCGGGAAGAGAGACAGGUGACCAAUGAGAGGUCAUGUGACCAGGCCAGCCGACCAAUCACAGUGCAGCAGUGUGACAAUGGAGACUGUAGGACAGACACUACAAAUGCAUUUGUGAGAUGGCAAGUGGGUCGAUGGGGGGCAUGUUCCACAUCAUGUGACAUUGGUGACCAGGUGCAGGACGUGUUCUGUGAGGCUGUGCUGGGGGACAACUCCACACGCAGGGUAGACAAUGAGCAGUGUCUGUUCAGGUUUCAGGCCAAACCCCAGUAUAGGCGGUCGUGUAAUGAAGACGUAUCAUGCCCCAUGUGGAUGCAUUCAGCCUGGGGAAAGUGCAGUGUGUCAUGCGGGGAAGGGGUGCAGACCCGGCUUGUAGAUUGUCGGGCCCACCGGGGCCAGCGUCGACCUUACCCAAACACCAGCUGUGAGACCGGGCAGCGCCCAACUGACCGACGCAGGUGUCAGCUAGCCCCCUGUCAACAACGUCCAUCUAGACAGCGAGAGCAUACAACGCCUCGACAAACCCUGCAGCUCACACAGGUGCUUAGGCGUCAAACUAACCCACCCAGAGAAUGCAGCCUGUCCUACUAUGGUUGCUGCCCUGACAGAAUAACACCCGCCAGGGGAGGGAACUACGAGGGAUGUCCAUCAAGGGCUGACAACUCUGAUGGUGUGCAGUAUGCCCGCACCGGAGGCCAGACCAUCCUGGAGUGUAUUCCACUGACUGCAGAUGACCGUCGCCAUAACUACAUCAUUGAUUGGCGCAGAGAGGACCUGGAAAGCCCCAUCAUUGUCAAAUAUAGUGGUAACCUGGAAACUCCAGACGAGAAGUUCAAGUCUCGUGCACGGCUAGUGAAGGACACUUCCUUGCAGCUAUGGGGGAUCAGGGCAGGGGACAGCGGAGUCUACACAUGCAUGGUGCUCGUGGUGCCCACCGAGCAGGACCAGAGCCACACAUACACCCGACAGGUCACCCUACAUGUCUCAGAUAACAUUGUGAUAACUGAAGAUGAUGCUACCACCACUUCAGCAACUAAAGAUAGCACUAAUUAUGAUAAUAACAGAGGUGUAUGUGACCUUGACCCAGACCAGGGUUACAGCCGCUCUAACCUGGCGGUCAAGUGGUACUAUCACCGUAGUAACAACACAUGUUACCGGUUCUGGUAUGAGGGACUGGGCGGGAAUGAUAACCGCUUUGAAUCGGAGGCCGAGUGUCGCCGGACCUGUUACAGAGAUCCUAACCAAGAUGAGGACAUCUGUUCGCUACAGCCAAUGACAGGACGUGACUGCCGGGCAAGAAUGUCUCGCUACUACUUUGACAAGUCGCGCGGAGAAUGUCUUCAGUUCUUUUAUGGAGGAUGCGGAGGAAACAGUAACAACUUUGUCUCCAAGGACGACUGCGAACGGGAAUGUCGCUCUGGAACCAGUGAUGUGACUAUUGAAUUAACUGACAUUGCCCUUGGCGACCAGCAGAAUGACUGCCGAUUGUCCGUGUACAGCUGCUGUCCUGAUGGCAUUACUCCAGCAAGGGGAAAUAACUACCUUGGCUGUCCAGUAGCCUGUAAGAACACAAAUUUCGGCUGUUGUGAAGAUGGCAUUACUGCCGCCCAAGGACCUGACCAGGAGGGUUGUGAUGACAUUGACAUUGCAUCGGGCGACGUGCCAUGUGACCAGACUGACUAUGGGUGUUGCCUCGACCAAAUGACACCGGCAUCAGGCCCUGACAAAGCAGGUUGUGAAGAUGACGGGCUUACCGACAUCGAUGAUCGCGAGGAGGUCACUACAUCUGCACAGUGCCGACUGCCAAGAGACACGGGACCGUGUCGUGACGACAUGAAGGUCAUGUGGUACUUCGAUCCUGUUAAAAAUGAAUGCGACCGAUUCUGGUAUGGUUGUCGGGGAAAUGCAAACCGAUUUAAAUCGGAAAAGGAAUGUUUAACAGUGUGUAGGAACCAGGUUAUUGCCCCAGAGCCACUGCCAGUUUGUCAGCAGGAGAAGAAGGUUGGACCAUGUCGAGCUGCGCUGCCCCGAUAUUUCUAUAACUCUGCUACGGGAUAUUGCGAGAAUUUCAAGUAUGGCGGAUGUCAGGGAAAUGAUAACAACUUUGCCACGGAGGACGAGUGUGUGCGCACGUGUAAUGCACGCAGGGAACGAACUUUAUCCAGGGAGGAGGUAUGUCGCCUGCCCCAAGACACAGGUCGUUGUGACAUCAACUUUUUCGGCUCUGCGAGCACUGAGUACUUCUACAAUUCACAGACACGGCAGUGCGAGGUGUUUGAGUAUUCAGGGUGUGGGGGCAAUCGGAACCGGUUUAGCACCCAGCAGGAGUGUAACAGCUAUUGUAGAGUCCAGACUCAGGCGACACCUUCCCCACCCAGACGUAGACAGCCAGUUUGUGAGUUGACGACAGAUGUUGGUCCAUGUGACCGCAUGAUAACCAAGUACCACUUCAACAUAGCCAGCCAGGAGUGUGAGACCUUUACAUACGGAGGUUGCCUUGGUAACCACAACAACUUUGCCAGCAUCGAGAAAUGCAUUUCAUACUGUGGCCUUCGUGCGGGUCGCACUCGAGCAGAUGACUGCCGGCUCCCACCAGAGGAGGGCCAGUGUCGUGCCAACCUCCAGCGCUGGUACUAUGACUCAGACAUAAGACGAUGUAGGACCUUUAAGUAUGGUGGUUGCCAGGGCAACAGGAACAACUUUGCUAGUGAGGAUGAGUGCCUGUCAUCGUGCCAGACAGAUGUUGUCCAGCCUGUCACACCUGCCCCCACUGUUGCCCCACCUGCCCCACCUGUCAGAGAGGAAGAUGCAUGCAGUCUUCCCCUUGCUACACCUUGUGACCGUGUACAUUCCUGGGACCAGUUCUACUACUACGAUCGAUCCACUGGCCAGUGUCGCGAGGUGCCCGAUGGCGCAUGUAACAACAACAGGAACAACUUCUACACGCGUGAACAGUGCGAGUCCUUCUGUGACCGUGACAAGGUGUGCCAGCCACUGACUUACAGCACUGACAUGCGGUGCCUGGCCUACUUUGAAAACUGGACAUACAACCCAUCAACUAGGGUCUGUGAAAAGUUUGUGUAUGGUGGGUGCGGGGGAAGCUCUAACAACUUUGAUACUGAGGAAGCCUGUAACAGGAAGUGCCGACAGGAGGUUGUCACGACAACGACAGCCAGACCUGACCCUUCACACAGAUUCACCAAUGGCGAGAUCUGUGCUAUGCCUGAGGAGGCUGGGAACUGUCUGGCGUACAUUCGUAACUGGCGUUACGACAGCCUUACGGGCCAGUGUGUUCAGUUUACAUACGGGGGAUGUGGCGGCAAUGAGAACAACUUCAAGUCUCGGGAGGAGUGUGAACGCUUCUGCUCAAGACGGGUUGUGUGUGAACGUUUUGACGAGCCGGAGAUCUCCUGUUUGGCAUACAUGCCCAGGUGGCGCUAUGACCCAGACAUUCGCUCAUGCGAGAACUUUGUAUAUGGUGGGUGUGGAGGAAACGCCAACAAUUUCGAGGCAAUUGAGGCUUGCGAGAGGAAAUGUAUACCUCGUGAGGAGGAGGAGAAGGAGGAGACAGACAACAACAGGGUCUUCUCCUGGAGAGAUAUCUGUAACCUGAGCCCAUCUGCAGGACCAUGUGACAACUACCAGCGUCGCUGGCACUAUGACUCCAUCACUAGGGAGUGUAAGGAGUUCUCAUACGGAGGUUGCCUUGGUAACCAUAACAAUUUUGAGAGCCGGGAUCAGUGUAUGACAUACUGUGACUCAUCACGCUGGAGUCGACCCCGACCUACCACAGAGGCCCCGGAGAUUGUCACCGAGGGCAGCGGAGAGGUGGAGGAGACCCUCACUGGAAUAGAUGUGUGUAGACUGGAUCUUGACAGUGGGUCAUGCAGGUUCAUGACCCGUCAGUGGCACUACGAUCGCUCUACUGGGCAGUGCAAUGAGUUUGUCUAUGGGGGCUGUGAUGGCAACGAGAACAGAUUUCCCUCUCGGGAUGCAUGCGAACAGCAGUGUAACCCCAGGGAUGUGUGUAUGUUGCCCGCACUAACGGGCUCAUGUCGGGCUAGCAUCCCACGCUACUUCUUUGAUUACGCCGCCCAAGACUGUAAACUCUUCACAUAUGGAGGAUGUGUAGGGAAUGCCAACAACUUCGGAACCAAGGAUGAUUGUAUGAAGCGUUGUGACUCCCUGCUCCGAGACCGCCCCGCAGAGGAGUGUGACUGUGAGUGGUAUGAGAGUUGUGCAGACAAAGGCAAAUGUGUCUGUCCCGAGAUCUGCACCCUGGAACUUGUCCCUGUGUGCGGGCGAAACCGCACCUCAGACGAGCACAAGACCUACGGCAAUAUUUGCGGGUUGAAGUCAGAAGCCUGCCGCUCUGACGGAGAAAUUGAAUAUAAGAGUGACGGAGAUUGUGAAGAUCCGCGUGUAAAGUCUGGCUUCUGCCCGGCCCGCACAGACUGGGGCGGUCUUCUAGGGGCGUGCGCUCCAUCAUGCCAGACCGACAAAGACUGUCAGACCGACCAGAAGUGCUGUCACCAAGGUUGUGGAUACAAAUGUGUCAACCCUGUUGAUGAGGAGCCAUAUCAGAUGCGGGCACCUGUGCUUGUGUCGGUCCGUCCUGAGGGUUCCAAGUCUGUCUACCUGACCUGGACCGACUCAAACUUGGGCUCUGAGCAGCCCACCCAGGACCGUCGGUACUACACCGUCCGCUUCUACAGUUACGAGCUUGGCCAGUACAACUACCAGAACGUGACGGACAUGCGCACGCGUAUUGAGGGUCUGAGACCAGGCACUACAUACCAGUUUAGUGUACGGGUGAACAACCCGCCAUACCUGAGUGAAUGGAGCGAGGAUGUGGAAGCCAUUACUGGUGUUGAUGGUCCGGGUGUAAAGUCUGGCUUCUGCCCGGCCCGCACAGACUGGGGCGGUCUUCUAGGGGCAUGCGCUCCAUCAUGCCAGGCCGACAAAGACUGUCCGACAGACCAGAAGUGCUGUCACCAUGGUUGUGGAUACAAAUGUGUCAACCCUGUUGAUGAGGAGCCAUAUCAGAUGCGGGCACCUGUGCGUGUGUCGGUCCGUCCUGAGGAUUCCAAGUCUGUCUACCUGACCUGGACCGACUCAAACUUGGGCUCUGAGCAGCUGAUCCGGGACCGUCGGUACUACACCGUCCGCUUCUACAGUUACAAGCUUGGCCAGUACAACUACCAGAACGUGACGGACAUGCGCACACGUAUUGAGGGUCUGAGACCAGGCACUACAUACCAGUUUAGUGUACGGGUAAACAACCCGCCAUACCUGAGUGAAUGGAGCGAGGAUGUGGAAGCCAUUACUGGUGUUGAUGUGAUAUCGAAGCCUGGUUCCUGCCCGGCCCUGGAUGAGGAUAAUUUCGGAAUCUGUGUGGAGGAAUGUCAGUCAGACUCUGACUGUGGGGGACCCCGCAAGUGCUGUGAUAACGGAUGUGGACACACCUGCUCACAUCCUCAAGGUUAUGAUGUAUGCAGCCUAAUGAAGGAUCCGGGUACCUGCGGUAACUGGACGGUACGCUGGUUCUUUGACCUUGAGGAUGGGGCGUGUGAUCGAUUCUGGUAUGGGCAGUGUGGAGGCAACGAGAACAACUUCCUCACACAGGGGGAGUGCGAGGCCAAAUGUGGCUCCGGUGAGGUUACGACUGCCCGUCCACGCCCAACAGUCAACCCACGGGAUUGCCGCUAUUCUGCCUAUGGAUGCUGUGAUGAUAACUACACAGCCAAACAAAAUGCACAGGGGACUAACUGCAGAGAAUAUCGCCCCCCUGUGAUCCCUGGUCCAUCAGGCGAGACUGUUGUCCCAGUAACCCCCGGAGAAAAUGCCAUUCUCAGAUGUAAAUAUGAUGGGGACAUUGCUUGGUAUAGAGAUGGGAAGCUGGUAACAUCUGAUGAGCGUCGAUCCUUGAGUGAUGGAGAACUGCAGGUGUUUGGCGCUAACAUCGAGGAUGAUGGGAUGUAUGCUUGUCACGUGACCAGCAGAUCAGGCCUACGUAUCUACCGAUACAUGCUCCAGGUCCAGGUUCCUAUCGGUAUUCUGCCUGGCCCUGACAUCAUCAUGGUAAAGCCUAACAACCUGGCAUUCCUGCACUGUGAGGUUUAUGGGAACCCGAAACCAACAGUUUCCUGGAAGAAAGCCGGAGAAACCCUCCCCACCAGCUACAGAUACGAGACAUUCAGCAAUGGCACCUUACUCAUUCGCAAUGCCAGUCCUGAAGACGUGGACAGCUACACCUGCAUGGCUGACAAUGGAGUCUCAACUCCUGUAGAUAGAACUUUUAAACUUAGUUUACGAGAAAUGUUGAGGGCGAGAAUUGAGAACCAGAAUGGUCGUGUGAUAGAGGGUGGGCGUAUUCGACUGUCAUGUAAUGGGACAGGCUACCCACGACCAACCAUUUCCUGGGAGAAGUCUGGGCGGGUACUCGUCACUGGUGGCAAUGUGUUCCUCAGUAGUGACGGAGAACUCACAAUUCGAGAUGCGACAUCCAGUGACACUGGCUCUUACUCAUGUAUAGUCGCAAACUCAGAAGAGAAGAUUGAAGUUUCUGCUUCUGUACAGGUUGUACCUAAAGGCAUGCCAGAUGACAAGUGUGAGGACAAGACGUCGCUGAUGAAAUGUCGUCUGAUCGUGUCUGCAAGACUGUGUGGCUACACGAUGUACUCAAAGAUCUGCUGUGCUAGCUGCAUGCGCUACUAUGAGGGUUAAAGCACCACCACAUACCCAAACUAGUUAAACCAAAAAACUUAACUUCCUUUAAUCGUUGUAUUGAUAAUUAUAAUGUCAUUAUUAUCUUUUAUAGUUGUAAAUGCUUUCACAGACUGUACGUUUACAAACAUGUGGUGUGAUAGGUCAGAUGGAAAUCUUCAGGGAUUCAUAGAAUAGCUGCUGUUCUGUUGUUCUAUGGUUGAUCUGAACCUCACGGGAUACGGCCAGGCUUUGAAUGCUGAAUACUCAGUAAAGCAUGGUUUAAACUGUAUUGUAGCAGGAUUAUAUGCUUUUGUAUGCAUAAUGUACAUGGUUGGAAGUUCAUCUCAGUUAAUGAUUAAGUGUACAUAUUGUAAAUUGUAACUACUGGAUUACACAAUAACACAAUAUGUGCCAAGUCAAUGUGUUUGCUUACUCCAGAUAUUGUCACGUUUCCCAUACAGCAGCAUUUCACUAAAUGUUGUAUCGAAUGAAAACUAGUGUAAAAAUCAGAUUGGUGAAAAGCAACCAUAGGACAGCAUUGUGUUGUUGUAGUAAACAGUGAUAUAAUUGGUCAGUACUUGUCAUCACAUUGGUAUAUUAUUUGUGUACUCACAUGUAGCUUGAUAUAUUCGCUGAUUAAGUUAUUUUUUACGUUUACACAGGUCUAAUAAGAAGAAAACUUACCACUUGAAAUAGUAAUAACGAAAAACAGUUUUCUUUAAGGUGCUAGGUGCUUGGAAAAAUAUGAUCUCUUUAUUUUUAAUCCUGAUUGAUACACUGCAGACCUUUUUUACUUCUGAUACAAAGUAUUUUAGCUCUUGUCACUUUAGAUAUAUGAUUGAACUCCAGAACCACAUAUUAAACAAACAAACAGUCAGUUUUGUCGUCUUAUUAAUUGUCUAUGCAUUUAUCAUGUUAUACUUGUAUGUAUAUAUUUUGUAUUAUAAUUUAGAUAUGAUUUUGUACAAACUUUACACAAACAUUGCAGAUAGUCAAAUACUUUAAACUAUGCUUUUGAUUAUAAAUAUUCAGGAUUUGCUUCUGUCUUUAAUUAGAUGUUGUAACACCAAUCUUGUUUGAAGUUAGUGCUUGUUGUUACUGGUUGGUUUUAAGCAAUGUUAAGUAUCAAAAACAAUUAUACACCGUGCAAGUGUUGAAGGACCCAGUACUGCUUGAAAACUUCUGUUCUUUUGUCUUAACAUUCCAUCUAAAAAACUGUGUGUGUUCUUACAAUUACUUAUAGCAUAUAUCUUAUUUCCAGUUAAUUCCUGUAGUCAAGUACUACUGGACAUAUAGGACAAAUUUUCAAUUAUUUUAACUCCUCUUAAGUUUGUGUUACCUCUAUUGCAUAAUACACGUUUUAGUUUGUAUUUUUUUUCUUCAGGAAAGAUUAAAAACCCAUUUAAAGCUUUGCUAAAAUUGUCAUUGCCUCAGUGUUGAUCCUUAUUUGUGAACUAGAAAUCCAUGAUUUUGCUUGGCUUCCAUUAAAAAGAACUGCAAACUAUUUGUACCUGUUCAUACAGGCUUUUUUGUCUUGAGGAAUAUGAGUUUUUUGGAAAAAUGUUUGAGUUGCUAGAAAAAGUUAAAUGAAUUGUCCCAAAAGAACAAUGAACCAUUUGCUGUCAUGUUGGCAGUAUCUUGGUGUAACACUGUAAUCUCUCUCUUGUAUUGUCUGCUACAUGUGUAAUAAAGGUCCUUCCUAA